AAUUUUUUCAGCUUGGCGAGAAAGGCAGUGGGAUCCGUGCCCGCGGCGAAGUGCAGGAUUAUGCGAAGCUGAAAGCUGACUGUCUUGCCAAUGGGACUCUGUUCGAAGACACGGAAUUCCCGGCGGAAGAUGGAUCUAUUUUCUAUUCGCGCUCACCCCCGCGUCCAUUUGAGUGGAAGCGGCCACAUGAACUUGUCGACGACCCGAAAUUCUUCGUCGAGGGUGUAUCUCGCUUUGACGUGAAGCAAGGAGAGCUAGGUGACUGCUGGCUCCUCGCGGCGGCUGCGAACCUCACGCUAAAUACGAAGCUGUUUCACCAGGUCGUCCCAGAUGGACAGAAAUUUGACGAGGAAUACGCAGGCAUCUUCCACUUCAGGUUUUGGCAGUAUGGUCGCUGGGUAGACGUUGUCGUUGACGACCGUCUUCCAACUUAUUACGGGCGGCUCGUGUUCCUGCACUCCGAGGAUAAAAAUGAGUUCUGGUCCGCUCUACUGGAGAAGGCCUAUGCCAAGCUACAUGGGUCUUACGAAGCCUUGAAAGGUGGCACCACCGUGGAGGCGAUGGAGGACUUCACGGGCGGUGUGACGGAGAUGUACGAUCUCGCGGAGGCACCUCCGAACUUGUUCAACAUCAUGCAGAAAGCUUACGAGCGCUCUUCGCUGAUGGGCUGCUCCAUUGAUCCUGAUCCAAACGUCGUUGAAGCUGAAUGUCCGAAUGGGCUGAUCAAGGGGCACGCUUAUAGUGUUACGAAGGUCUGCUACAUCAACAUUCAGACCCCGCGGGUGUCUGGGAAGAUCCCAAUGGUGCGCAUUAGAAACCCGUGGGGAAACGAGGCUGAGUGGAAAGGGGCUUGGGGCGACUCUUCCCAGGAGUGGCAGUUCAUAUCAUCGGAGCAGAGAGAUGAGAUCGGCUUGACAUUCGAGGCUGAUGGAGAGUUUUGGAUGAGUUUCAAGGAUUUCAUGAAAAAUUUCAUGCGUCUUGAAAUCUGCAAUCUGAAUCCGGAUUCUCUUGAGGAUGAAGAGGAACCAGCCGACGACAAGAAAAAGUGGGAAAUGAGUGUGUACGAGGGUGCCUGGGUUCGUGGGUCAACUGCAGGAGGUUGUCGGAAUUAUAUCGAUUCGUUCUGGUACAAUCCGCAAUAUCGAAUCACAUUGAUCGACCCUGAUGAGGACGACGACGAGGAAAAGUGCUCUGUAUUAAUAGCUUUGAUGCAGAAGAAUCGGCGCUCCAAAAGGAAGUUGGGACUCGAAUGCCUCACGAUCGGAUUCGCAAUUUAUCACCUGAGUGACCCAGACGGCGCUCCGAAACCUCUGGAUAUGGGCUUCUUCCGCUACAAUGCGUCUGUGGGUCGUUCGCCGUCGUUCAUCAAUUUGCGCGAAGUUAGCUGUCGAUUCAAGUUGCCUCCUGGCACAUACUGCAUUGUGCCGUCGACGUUCGAGCCGAACGAAGAAGGAGAGUUUCUCCUUCGGGUUUUCUCGGAACAUACUAACAACAUGGAAGAACAUGACGAAUCUGUUGGAAUUUCGGAUGCUUCGGAUGAGGAUCCCAGAGACACAGUUGUGCCAAGCAGGCCUUCGAGACGGCCGAAAGUAAGACGAGAGCAAGUCUUUCGAUAAGAAUGUUUUUUGUUUAACAUAGAAUAGUAUGUUUUUAGCGUGAUGUGAAUAACUUUCCGAAUUGUGUGGCCCCAUCACUAUUAUUAACAGCAUUUUUCCACCCGUCUCCUUACCGUCGGUCAAUUCUUAAUUGUGUCUAGAUCCAACAAAUGCCUCGUCGGAUUCUUCCGAUUAACUGACGUGUGCGCAUGAUGGAGAGUGUUUUUUUGGGGGGGGGAUUUUUUUUAGCCCCAUCGUAUCAAUUUCAAAAUUUUAAAAACCUAGAACAACACAAAUUCAAUGUCUGGCGCUGCCAUCUACUGCGCAAUGCACGUUCGAGAUUAUUACAGCUUCGUUGCUUCUGUGUGAACCGGUUGGGUGGUGACAGUUUUCUUAAGUUUCGUGAAUGAAUGAUAGGUUCGUGAAGAAAAUGAAAAACCGGAGCAGACGGAAAUGGACCAAGCCGUAAGGGCGUUUUUCAAGAAAGUUGCCGGUGAAGAUCUGGAAAUUGACUGGCGCGAGCUGCAGGAAGUUCUUAAUUUUGCGCUGAAGAAAGAGUUCCAGUUCGAAGGAUUCAGCAAGGAUGUUUGCCGUAGCAUGAUAGCCAUGCUUGAUGUUGAUCGAUCGGGAAAACUUGGAGUGGAAGAAUUCAAAGGCUUGUGGAUGACGAUCCGCAUGUGGAAGAACGUCUUCAAGAUGUAUGACCAUGACACUUCAGGAACGCUGAAUACUUUCGAGCUGCGACGGGCCUUAAACUCCGCAGGUUAUCAUCUGAACGCUAAUAUCCUGAACUCUCUGGUGCUACGCUAUGGGAACAAGGACGGAAAAAUCACCUUUGACGAUUUCGUCGCUUGCGCCGUGAAAUUGAAGACCAUGAUUGAGUCUUUCAAUGAUCGUGUUCCUGACGGAGAAAAGAAAGCCGAAUUCACUUUGGAGGAGUGGGUUGAAAUGACCAUGUACUCUUGAAUCCAAAAUUUUCUCCGGGAACAAUUGCUGCUUCUCGUUUCUCUUUAUCCUAUGGCUUCAUUUUAAGUACAGUUUUCAGUAUUGGUUGGUUUCAUUGUGAAACCGCUUGCCUGUUCAAAUAGAAACUAUAUACGGAUUGAAUUUGUUGGCUUGCCGCUGCUUGAAGCUUCGUUUUAAGUACGUGCAGUUCGAGUAUUCACGAAGUUUCAUUGUGAAGCAACUUGUGGGUUCAAGUAUAAACUUUACACGGAUUGAAUUCGCUGUCGAACAGUGGACCAUUUUCAUCUGACCGCGUGUUCAGCCGCCUUGCCAAAAAGUCAGCCUUGAGAUUUAUGCGAUGCCCAGCUGUUCGAAAAAUUGCACACAAUGAAAAUAAUGGCCAAAGAGCGUGGUGCAUCUCUGGAGAAGCGCUAGUUUUCAGCUUUGUAUCUUUGAUUUAAACACUUUCCUUGAAAUAUUAGGAUAGCAUCUUCGGAGAAAACUGGAGAAGUUGGAACUCUUGACAAGCUUGAAUAUCAAACUUCAUCGGCGGUUUAUUGUAAAUGAACUUCGACGAUUAGCACGCUUGUCCUCGUGAGGCCUAAGAGGGCUACCGAUGAACCAAAAUUGUUUCUUUGUUUGAAGGAAAUCGACAGUAGCUACUUUUUUAUAUCUACAACGUUUGGAAUCUGAACUUUGUUCUUCCUAAUUUUUUUCGUAUGUCUGUAUUUGCCCGUUUUUAACUUGACACGAAAGAUCAAAGAAUUUCAUUUGUUGUCUGACAAAUCGAUGAACGUGGGGAAACAAUUUUCCAGGGAUUGAUGAGUAUUAUUCGUGCCGCAAUUCACGAGUAUUCGCAACCGCUAUUUUUGUCGCUCUUAUUGCUCUUAGCGUACGUUUGCCCCGCUGUGCAUUGCUACGAUUUUUUAGGAGCCGAGAUUCGACGUCAUAACAUUUCUCGCUCUUGCCUUAUAUUCUGAAAUAUGUUGGAAAUAUAAUAAAUUUCCUUAGAAUUCUAAA